UUUGGAACUCCAUUUUCAUAUUUUCAUCCAACCUCCAAUUUCUCUUCAUUCUAUCUAUAUAUGAACAGAAGAGAUAGAAGAAACUAAUAGAAGAAAUCUCUAUGGAGAGUAAAAAUUCAAAAGAGAUGAUUGAUAUAGAAAAACUUCCAGAUCAUGUGAUGAUAGAGAUAUUCAUAAGAACAGAAGUGAGUGAUUGGACACAAAUAUCAUGUGUGAAGAAGCAGUGGGCAUCUCUUUUCCGAACUGAAUGUUUUUGGCAAGCUGCUCUUUCUCACAUCUAUCCAUUCACCAAUCCUUCUCAAACUUGGCCUGGACCUAUUCCUCCAGGUUUAGCCAGAAGGAGAUUCAUGGCCUUACAUAUAAGUCAACAAAUAUUUGCUUCUGAUCCUGAUAUACAAGUGGAUGAAAUUGUUGGGCACAGUUAUCUGUUUUUGAAAGAGCAGCUUCAACUUUCGAUUAUGCCUCCUCAUGGUGGAAUACUUCACGGAACCAUGAUUGAUCAGUUUAUUGCUUGCGGCAAGUCAAGAGACGUAGCCCAUGAACUUGUAUCUCGAAUCUGGCUGGCUGUUCUUGACAAUUUGGAAGAAAAUCAGCAUACCUUUUGCUUACUUAAACGCCUUGCACAUGAAGGGGAUCAGGUUUUUCUUCCAUAUCCUUACACUAGAUCAGUCAAAGUUCAAUGGAGGGUGUUUGAGAAGCUUUUUACAGAUUUCCGUGAUUGCUUCAACCAUGUAGAUUAUUAUGAUAUGUUGGCAUGUGCCAAAAGUAGGUUUCAGCCAAUACCAUCUGCUUGGUUAGGUUAUUAGCAAACUGAAGAUUUUCAAAGCAUAUUAAAUGUACAAGACAAAUUAUGUUGAAAAAUAUAGACCUUUAUAUAUGAUGACUACAUUUCAUUGGAGUAAAA